GUUCCGAUCAGUGCCAGUGUGGUUUUGGCAGGAGAGGUAGUGGUAGGUUUGUUUUCAAGCUGCGCACGCUUGCGACUAUCGACUGCAAGAAAUGGCUGCCGACAAUCUCACCGCAGUGCUGUAUAAAGUGAAUGACUUAAGGCUCGAACAGCGACCAAUUCCCGAACCAGAUGAUGACCAGGUACUCCUGCAGAUGGCAUGUGUUGGAAUAUGCGGCUCUGAUGUCCAUUACCUUGUCGAGGGUCGAAUUGGGGACUUUGUAGUCAAUGAACCGAUGAUAAUAGGUCAUGAAGCAAGUGGCAUUGUUGCAAAAGUUGGCAAGAAUGUGAAGCAUUUGAGGGAAGGGGAUCGUGUGGCCAUUGAGCCCGGAGUACCUUGCCGAAAGUGCCGGUUCUGCAGGGAAGGCAGGUACAACCUGUGUGCGGACAUGGUGUUCUGUGCCACCCCGCCAACGCACGGCAACUUGGCCCGCUACUAUGUUCACGCUGCAGACUUCUGCUACAAACUGCCAGAUCACGUGUCUCUCGAAGAAGGGGCACUUCUGGAGCCCCUGUCUGUAGGAGUCCAUGCCUGUCGGCGUGCCGGAGUCGCAUUGGGGAGCACAGUUCUGAUAACCGGCGCUGGGCCCAUUGGGCUGGUCACACUUAUCACCGCGAAAGCCAUGGGAGCUGCUAAAGUGCUUAUAACAGACAUCGUCGAUCAUCGCCUUGGAAUCGCCAAAGAGUUAGGAGCUGACUACACUUUCCUGUCAAAAGUGGGUCAAGACGAACACGAAACAGUUAAGUCUUUCCAUUCCUUGCUGGCCGGGCCCCCGGACAUCACCAUCGACUGCAGCGGAGCUGAAGCCAACAUUCGUCUGGCAAUCCUCGCUACUAAGUCGGGCGGUGUGGUCGUGCUUGUUGGGCUGGGAGCCCCUGAACAGAAGAUACCAUUGGUCAAUGCAACUAUAAGAGAAGUUGACAUCCGAGGAAUCUUCCGUUACGCCAACGACUACCCCAUUGCCUUGUCUAUGGUGGCAUCUGGUGCUGCCAAAGUGAAACAGCUCAUUACGCACAACUUCAGCCUCGAAGACACGCUCAAAGCUUUCGAAGUUGCCAAGACAGGCGUUGGCAACCCCAUCAAGGUGAUGAUUCAUCCGCUUCAAGACAAAGUGUAAUGCAAUUGCGACGGAUUUUCGUGCUGUAAAGAAUCAUAAUCGUAAAGAUUUUAAAUUGCUUGUGUUCAAAUGAAGAGUUGCCUUUUAAAUUGUGAAAAAUGUUGCGAUUAGCUUUAAGAUUUGUAUUACAUGGUUUUGCUUGUAUAGUAUAUUGCUGAUCAAGGGGCCUUCUGUAUACAUUG